AUGGCUUUCUGGCGCGGUCUGUUCUAUGGAAUCGUUCUGGGCGGAAUGCUGGCGGCAAGCACGUUGCAUUCAUCGAUGGUUUCAGCUCCGUCAAGCCCCGUGGGUGCAGCUCAUGAGAAGGCUGUUGGUCAAUCGCGACAAGCAGUUUCUGCACUGGAGGCAAGUAUGAUGCAUUCAUCGAUGGUUUCACCUCCCUCAAGCCCCAUGGAUGCAGCUCAUGCGAAGGCUGUUGGUCAAUCACGACAAGCAGCUUCUGCACUGGAGGCAAGUAUGAUGCAUUCAUGGACGAUAUCACCUCGCUCUAGCCGCGUGGGUGAAAAUGUUGAGACAGCUGAUGAUUCUGAUCCCCCGAAGCAAACGGUGUCUGCACAGGAAGCCCAGAGAAAAGUGGAGCCGACACAGACUUGGGUUGUCCUCCUGGCCCAGCAGCACUCGGGUACGCACUGGCUGACAGAACAGCUCAACCAGCACCCGUGCAUUGAUAUACAGCCAGAGAUUCUAUGCUGCAAUCACACUUCCUGGUGGCCUCCUGCACUGCGCAGAAUGGCCAUCCAGAGAUUUUUCGAUCCUGCCCAGGUGCCAAGUGAUAUGGUUUUCGAUGGCAAGAAGAUGCCACGGGUGGUAGAGCAGUACGUUCAACAAAGUGCCCUUCGGCUAAAGCGCGGUCGAAGUAUCCGAGGUUUUAAUUGGAAAAUCGACCAAGGCUUUCUGAGUGACUGGCCGGACUGGUUUCGCCCGUAUGCUGCCAACCACUCCAUGCGAAUCCUUUGGGUGCAGCGCAGAAACCUGCUGAGAAGACUCGUCUCGGGCUACGCUAAUGCCAUGCAGCACCUGGCUGCGACAACGGAUCAGACCGUGGUCAAGACGAUCGCGGAGCAGAAAAUCAACAUAGAGCCCAAGAGGCUUCUGAAGCAUCUCAAUGAGAGCUCCAGGGAGAAUGACAGUGUCAGCAGGUAUCUGAAAUCCAACGCCGUUCAGUACCGGCGCGUCUACUACGAGGAUCUUCUGAACGGAUUAGAGGACGUUUGGGCUUUCAUGUUGCGUGGGACCGCCUGUAAAGCUCCCGCAGUCAAGGUGGCCUCGCACUAUCAACAGCUGCACAGCGGCAAGCUUGAAAACUUCGUGCAGAACUGGGAUGAAGUCAGAGAGGCGCUUUCGGGCACGCAGUGGUCGCACAUGCUGGUCGAAUGA